AUGUGUCUCGAUGACGACUGCGAGCAUGAUGAUGAUAAUGAGAAUGCGAAAAGUAGAUUUUUUGGUUCUUCCUUGGGAUAUAAUGUUUCAUCCGAUUAUCCGUCACGGUCUUUUACCUUUAAUUAUCCUUCUUUUCUUAAGAGUUUAUACUUAAAAGAAAUGAUGACCAGUAUUCAACAAUGGAUUCAACAACAAUUCCUUGCUUCUACUGCACAUACACACAUUCAUUCCGGACCAUCACUAUCCGAGACGGAAGAUACGGGGAUGUCAACCAGCCAAGAGGAUUCAAUGGCUAAUCUUACCACCACCGAUACUUUAGAGCUCUCGAGUAACAUCGAUAUGCAAAAAUUGCGUGAUUCCGUCACAAUUAUGGAAAUGAUUUUUUCACUACUGAAAAGACAUUCGAAAUCACUUAAUUUACUAUCUAUUAAUGAUAAUGUAUGUUUCUCGUUGCUUCCAAUAUUGACGAAACGAAUAAAUUAUGAUUUGUUGGCACGACUGACAAUUUUAAAAAUUGAUGUUGCUUAUGCGGUGUUUGAGACAUUUGCCUGGCUAACACAAUGUAAAUUUGAAAAUUUGCAAGAGAUAUAUUUAAGCAUCGAGAGAAUUGACAACAUGGCAUACACAUCCGAACGAAACCAAUCACGAGAUCUCAAAAAAAUCACAGAAUUCUUAAAACUCCACAACAAUAUAACCACGUUCAGCUUGCACACAGGUCCUGGCUAUUUCUCGGGAGUUGAUCGAAUAAACGUAAUAAUUUCUCAAAAUGCAAAAACCUUAAAAAAUGUCCGAUUUCGCGGAUGCAGAUUUUACAAAAGUUGUAUCUUUGAUGCUUUGGCUCAUUGUUCGAGACUUGUAAAGAUUUCUUUCAGGGAUUGUAGUAUGUUGGAUUCAAAACAAGUUGAGAAAUUUGUUAGUGCUCAAUUCGAGUAUUUGAGGGAAGUUUAUGUUUCUGGAGAGGAUACUUGUGAGGCGUUGUUUGAAUGGAGUGAGAGAAUUUGA